GCUAGAAUGACACUCGCACAACGCAGCCCGUGCUACUUUGCAAACGGCACAGUGCUUCCAGAUGAAGAAUUCUACAAUUCGUACCAACCUUGCACCUCUGGUGGUCCACCGACGAUCUGUUGCGCCUUUGACCGUCCUAAUCCAGCUGGUGGCAUCCGCGAUACCGUAGACGAAUGUCUGCCCAAUGGUCUAUGUCAGAAUCGCGCUGGCGAUGCGACAACAUGGUGGGCAAACUUUUGCACUAGCAGUGGUAUCGAAUUUGGCAAGUGCAUUACCGCAUGCAGAAGUACAAAAGAUAAAUAUGGGCAUACGCAAUUAACACCGUGUACGGGGAAAGCAGAUAGUGAUCGAUGGUGUUGUGGUGCGAACAACCCCACCUGCUGUGCAGAUGAAAGUAGAGUCGUGAGGUUGGCACAAGUCCUAGGUGGUGCACUUUCGUCGAGUAUGGUGAGCUCAUCUGUAGUUUCAUCCGCCUCAGCGACUGCAAGUUCAGUAUCAGGAGCAGCUCCAUCUACCACAGCCACUUCAGUGGCUCCCGGGCAAACUGAAAAGAAGACUAAGCUUUCUGGAGGUGCAAUUGCUGGAAUUGUCCUGGGUGCCAUUGCUGGACUCACAAUCCUUGCCGGCAUCUUUGUCGCUCAGAGGGCCAGGUAUAAGAAUAAGGCAUCAACAUCAGGAACAUCAAACCACGUAGAAACCCCGACGAACCCGUACAUACCUCAAGAAUACGUCGGGCCCGGGCCCGAGGGGUACGCUACCCAGUACGCGCCGCCUGCUGAGUUACCUCCUGUAUCGCCAAGGGAACUUCAUUCGGGCAAUCACAUGUCGUUAGCCCCGCCUUUUCCAUAGAAGCAAGGAUCUGCUCGUUUGAGGCUUGUACUGGAAUGUUUGAAUAGUCAGUGUGUUGCAUGG